AGGAACAAAUGCAGCACACUUAAGAGGCAUUCAUGACUGUUAAAAAUAUCAGUGAAUUUAUCUACCCCGCUGUAAAGCUUCAUUAGAAACCAAUUAACAGAGCCAAUUGAUUAUCGCCUAUUCGUAGGCUGGCCCAUUUUUCUUCUGAACCUCGUACUAGCUGUGAUUGUGAUUACAGUGAUGAAAACGAGCACAGAAGCAGGGGCCACUCAAAAGGCAUUGACAAGCUAGGUGUAGCCAUGAGGCAAUGCUACCGGACCGCUCGCAUUCACCUUUGUGAGGACAUGGGAGUACUGAUCUUGGAUUUUGACCACUCUUUCUUCACCUAAUCUAAAUCUGAAUUGGCGCAUAUACUUCCUUUCACGGUUGGCGUGAAGUGUAAUUUCGGUGGACACGCAGUUGUUCUGCCGGAUGGUUUCCUGGGGAAGCUCCUGGCAUUGCUCGACCAUCCAAUGGGCCAUCCCUGUUGAGAAAAUCCACCUCAAAAGAGGCCAAAUGGACAAGGAGCAAUGCAGGACCGCGUGAGCGUCGUUCAUCAGAUCAGCGUUCCAAGGAGUUUGUCCAUUUUACCCUGGAGACCCCCGUUUGCAGACACCAGGCAACCGCUUUUGUUUCAACCCAGCCAUUAAAAGAAGGAGAAGGCGUGUUUGCGGACUAACUGAACAUCUACUGUGUUUGUCAUGGGGAAGUCAGCCUCAAAGCAAUUUGCAGAGGAGGUGCUGCAGAGCCAUAACGAGUACAGGAAAAAGCACCAGGCUCCAGCACUCAAGCUGAGCAACAAGCUGAGUAGAGAGGCUGCCCGAUAUGCUGAGAGUCUGGCUAGCACACGCAUCCUAAAACACAGUGAAGAAUCCAGUAGGGGAAGCUGUGGGGAGAACCUGGCAUGGGCCUCCUACGACCAAUCAGGAAAGGAUGUGGCAGACCGCUGGUACGAUGAAGUGAAACACUACAACUUCAACUCUCCUGGUUUUACUUCUGGCACUGGCCAUUUCACAGCAAUGGUGUGGAAGAACACUACGACGCUGGGUGUCGGUAAAGCCAUUGCUUCUGACGGUUCUUCCUUCGUGGUCGCCAGAUACUUUCCAGCUGGAAAUAUUACCAAUCAAGGACACUUUGAAAACAACGUCCUCCCUGCUAAAGCCCCUAAUUCUCCCUCUUAAAGAUGCCACAACUUGGCUUUUGGGAAAUAUGUGAGCUGCAUUACAAUAGAGUUCUCAGCGGAGUACCAACUUUUUGCCCUUUGGAGAACCAUACUAGUACCACUCUGCAUUGGACUGUGGAAACAUCUUCCUCCUUUGAGGGACUUAUAAAUGGUAACAUGUUCAGAGAGAGAGAGAUGCCCUGUUUACUAACUUAAAGGGACUCACUAAGGCCUGGAUUUGUAUGCAAACAAACUAAUCGGUACAAGGAAUGUUUGUUGACAUGAUUCUUCUGAUGUAAAGGGGAAAAAAACGAUGAUUCAACAAGCUUGGUAUUUUCACUUGUCAACCAAGAAUCACAUAUGUGUGCACUGUAUGUUUUACUAGUACUGUAACGGUCAACAAUAGUUGUUAUCCAUCAAUAAUGUUUAAGGGAUCCAAAUAAAAGACUUGUUGUUCUUAUAAGAUAAACGUUAUUAUGUAAUUAAAUAAUUUGAUAUUGAAACCCCUCUUGGAAGCUUUAAAAUUUUUUUUUUUUUUUUUUAUGCAAUUUGUAAAAUUUGUGUAACUAGUAGGCUGCCAUUGUUGUUGACAUCGCAGGGGGGUGACGUCACAUGGUAACAAUGCUCGGCUUCCAGACUAUGACUCAAGCGACAUAAACAUGUCAUCUGUUGAACCCUUUUAAUUUGAACCCGAGAGGAACAUUAAUGAGAAUGACAGCACUGUCGAUAUUUCACAAAAUGAGUAGCAAAAGAAAAAUGAACAGAAAAGACAGAAUGAGACGAGACGAGA